GCGGGUCCGACCUGCCUGGCCGCGCUGGACGCACGUGCUGGGGUCGGAGCGGCGAUCGCAGCCAUGGCGUCGUCACUUUGGGGAGGCGAACUGGGGGCGGCAGAGAGCGAGCACCUGAACAGCCACUUUUCAAACCUCAUCCAACCCCGGAAGAACCUUCGGGGAGUUAAAAAUACUACAGUCCCAAACCUAGAUGAUUCUAUGAAUAACACAGAAGAAGAUGAAGUAGAUGUAGUGGAUUUGGCUGCUAAUUCACUCUUAAACAAGUUAAUCCGACAGUCCUUAGUAGAAUCCAGUCAUCGAGUCGAAGUCUUACAAAAGGAUCCCAGCUCUCCACUCUACUCAGUGAAAACAUUUGAAGAGCUGCGGCUAAAGGAAGAGUUGCUAAAAGGGAUCUAUGCAAUGGGGUUCAAUCGACCAUCCAAAAUCCAAGAGAUGGCGCUCCCUAUGAUGCUGGCACACCCACCCCAGAACCUCAUAGCCCAGAGCCAGUCUGGGACAGGAAAAACAGCUGCCUUUGUCUUGGCCAUGCUGAGCAGGGUCAACGCCUCGGAACCCUUCCCACAGUGCCUCUGCCUGGCUCCUACGUAUGAAUUGGCUCUGCAGACUGGCCGUGUGGUUGAACAGAUGGGAAAAUUCUGUGUGGAUGUUCAAGUGAUGUACGCCAUUCGAGGGAAUCCAAUUCCCAGGAGCGCGGACGUCACCCAGCAGAUCGUAAUCGGCACUCCGGGGACCGUCCUGGAUUGGUACUUCAAGCGGAAACUGAUCGACUUGGCCAAGAUCCGUGUGUUUGUCCUGGAUGAGGCCGACGUGAUGAUCGCCACACAAGGGUUCUCAGAUCAGAGCAUCCGGAUUCAGAGGGCUCUGUCCUCCGAGUGCCAGAUGCUCCUGUUCUCGGCCACCUUCGAGGACUCCGUGUGGCAGUUUGCGGGGCGCAUUAUUCCUGACCCCAAUGUGAUCAAGCUGCGGAAAGAGGAGCUGACCCUCAACAACAUCCGGCAGUACUACGUGCUGUGCGAGAACAGGAAGGACAAGUACCAGGCGCUGUGCAACAUCUACGGCGGCAUCACCAUCGGCCAGGCCAUCAUCUUCUGCCAGACUCGUCGAAACGCCAAGUGGUUGACUGUGGAGAUGAUGCAGGAUGGCCACCAGGUGUCUUUGUUGAGCGGAGAGCUGACCGUGGAUCAGCGGGCUUCCAUCAUCCAGAGGUUUCGGGAUGGGAAAGAGAAAGUUCUUAUAACCACCAAUGUCUGUGCCCGAGGGAUCGAUGUGAAGCAGAUCACGAUUGUGGUGAACUUUGACCUCCCGGUGAACCAGCUGGAGGAGCCAGACUACGAGACCUACCUCCACCGCAUCGGGCGGACGGGACGCUUUGGGAAAAAGGGCCUCGCCUUCAACAUGAUCGAAGUCAGCAAGCUGCCCCUGCUCAUGAAGAUCCAGGACCACUUUAACAGCAGCAUUAAGCAGCUCAACCCGGAAGACAUGGACGAAAUCGAAAGGAUCGACUACUGAAGGGAGAACUUGUGACAGGUCCCCGAGGGGCUGAAAGGCAGCUUUUUAUGUUGCGGCUUUUUCAAAGUGAAAUUGUUACCUUUGGCAAAAUAAACGGGCAGCCUUUUUGAAACCA